AUGGCCAAGAUUAACAAGAGCUGGGUUGAGGCCAGGAGGCUGUCGUCCCCCUCCCCCAGCCCUGUGUCCAGCCGCGCCGUGCUGUCUCCCCCACCCGCCACCCCACCCCGUUCCCUAAGGGCUGUUGUGAUUGCGGGACUCGAUGUGACUGCUCGGGGCUGGGGGGAGGGGGUAACCCCUCCUCCCCACCCCCGCCCAGGAGUGACCCAGACGCCGCGCCGACCUCCUUCCUGCACCUCGCCAGCCCCGCAGCCGCGGGAGGACGGGGCGCGGCUUCCCGAGAGCCGGGCUCGGCUCGCCCGGCGGCGGCAGCUGCUGCGCCCUGGGGGCGGGGAGCGGGCGCUGGGGGGCCUGGAGCGGAGCGGCGGCGGGAGCCCCGGCCUGGCAGCGCGGCUUCAAGUUUCCACCGGCGCGUGGUUGUGCAACCGCCAGAGGAGCGGGAGCCGCGGGCGCCUCGGAAAACAAGCCGAGCCCAUAAACAAAGCCACGUGGGCUCGGGCGGGGGGGCCGGGCCAGGAGCAGGCGGCUCUUCCGGCAACAAAGGGCCGGAGCCAGCGGCCCGGGAUAAAUACUGCGGCCGCGCUGGCCGCGCAGCACUCCCGCCCGCCCCGCGCGCCCUGCGACCCUCCCCAGCGCCGCGCCCUCUGCGAGCACAGGACCCGGCUCCGCAGCCCCGAGCCCUCCACCCGCUUCCCUGCAGCCGCGCCCUCGCCGGCCCCGGCCCCCGGAGCACCCGCCUGGGGCGACAGUUCCCCGAGGCCGUCCAGCCGGUACGGUCCAUCAGUCCGCCGAGUCCGUCGCGUCGUCCCCGGUGCCAUGCCAUUCCUCGGGCAGGACUGGCGGUCCCCCGGGCAGAGCUGGGUGAAGACGGCCGACGGCUGGAAGCGCUUCCUGGAUGAGAAGAGCGGCAGCUUCGUGAGCGACCUCAGCAGUUACUGCAACAAGGAAGUCUACAACAAGGAGAAUCUUUUCAACAGCCUGAACUAUGAUGUUGCAGCCAAGAAGAGAAAGAAGGACAUGCUGAAUAGCAAAACCAAAACUCAGUAUUUCCACCAAGAAAAAUGGAUCUAUGUUCACAAAGGAAGUACUAAAGAGCGCCAUGGAUAUUGCACUUUGGGAGAAGCUUUCAACAGGCUGGACUUCUCGACAGCCAUUCUGGAUUCCAGAAGGUUUAACUACGUCGUACGGGUAAGUCUCUGA